AUGACACCUAAGAUACUGAUAGUCGGUAACAUCUGUAAAGACAUCAUCUACUCCACCGACUCCUACCCAGCUGAGGACAGAAAAGUAAAAGCUCUGUCCAAAGAGACCCGUAUCGGGGGGAAUGCUGGAAACAUUGCACAAGUGUUAGCCCAGUUAAAGGACUGUUAUGUUGAUUGUUGUGUUAAGUUGGGCUCUUGUGAGUUCAGCAAAUACACCAAGUCUUCCCUGGAGAGUACAGCUACUGUGAGACUGUUGGCUGUGGUGGAACAGGAUAUGGACAUUCCUGAGUCGGUAGUGUUACACUCCAAUGAAACUGGAUCCAGGACAUGUCUGCACUUUAGGGGGAAUUGUAAUGAUCUGAAUUGUGAGGAAGUUUUCUCUGCUGUAAGUGAUCUUAGUAAGUAUCAGUGGAUCCAUUUGGAACACAGGAGGAAUGGACUAGAGGUUCUGAAAAUAGCUAAGGAAAUCAAGCGGCUGCGACCUGAUGUUGUGUUAUCUAUUGACAUUGAGAAAGUCAGGGAAGGGUUGAAAGAUAUGCUUGGUAUUGUAGACUUUCCAAUCAUCAGCAAGGAAGUUUGCAAAAUUCAAGGUUUCAGUGAUUUACAAGCAGCACUGGCAGGUCUCUCUAAACAUUGUUCCCAUGCUCUUGUUGUUACUUGGGGAGAUAAAGGGACAGGAAUGUGGCUUGCUGACGGGAUCUCAGAACUCACCUUCAGUAAUGAUAAGUUACAAAAAAUAGACGAUCAUACUUUUACUUGUGAUGCUCAUAAAGUUGAUGAUAUUGUAGAUUCGUGUGGGGCAGGGGAUUGUUUUACUGCAGGGUUUCUCUACUGCGCAUCUCAUCUAGACAGGACAUUACUUCCAGAGUCUGUAGCGUUGGCGUGCAAAUUGGCUGCAUCCAAGUUGGGACAUCCAGGCAUGACAGUUGAUCCCAGUGUACUGAAUUUUUAGAGGUGACAGUAUCUGUUACAUCAGUAAAAUUUCGUGUAUAAAUCCAUUUAAAUUAUCCAUUGAAUUUUAAAUUAGGAAAAUCACUAUUGAUUUCAAGACAAUAAUAUGUGAAUAAUUAUAAAUGGUUAAUUAUUUUUGGACCCGUUAAUUUCAAAACCUGAUAAAAUGGUAACUUCCUGUGAUUUUCAUAACCUUUAUCAAAAUAAAUAAAUAUGUGUUCAUUUAAUUCAAAAGGUUUUGCAUUCAGCUAGCUAGAUGGUGUGAAACUGGAAAGCAAACAGAUGGUACCGUGAAAUCCAUCAGGGUUACCAUCAGCAUCACAGUUCCUACCAGUUUACGAAAUGAGUGAUUCAAGUGACAACGAAGAAAUCCCGCCUCAUCUCGCCCGUUACCGAGAAUACAAGCGGAAACAAGAACUACGGAAACAAAAGAAAGUAGCUCAAUCCAAACCAACUCCCCCAGAAAACAACCAACCCAUCCCAUCAGAUCCCACCUUUACCACCAUGACCACCCCAUCCGACCUCGACAGAUUCAUUAACCACCCUCUCACCAUCCCCCUCCUGAAGCUCACCCUCUGGGUCUCCCUCCUCCUCUUCUUCGCUCACCACGAGUUUGGGAGUGUUUUCUUCCUGGUGUCGAUACCAGUGUUCGUGUGGCAGAGCAUGGAGGAGUAUAAGAGGGGCCCGAGGGAGCUCAGUGCUUACUCUGUGUUUAAUAGUAAUAUGGAGAGGUUAGAUGGGACUUUUACAUCGGAACAGUGGGAGAAGGAACUGAGAUAUGGGGCUGCUGCUGUCAGGAAACAGGAUUGAGGGUUUUUUAGUGAGCUUUAGCAUGUUAUGUUAGAUAGGCUGCAAGUUUUAAGAACUUUGAUUCAGUUUGUACAAAUGUUUGACGUCACCUUGUGCUUUAUGUAGAAUUUAUACUUAUGGUUUUA